CAAAGAUCACCUUCAUGAGUUUACACCAUUUCCUUUUCUAAGGUAAAUUAAAAUAAACAAAUCGAUCGAUCAUUCCAAAGCUUCAUCUUAUACAUCAAUCAUCAAUCAUUUUCCUUUUAGCUCCUUUACACUUGACUUGGUGUUUUAUAAAACCAGCUUGAAUGUUUUCCUGAAGAAUUAGAUAUAAUCUAAUCAAAACUCGAUCUGGUGAAGAUAUCAAUCAUCAGCUUAUCAACUUCAAUCUUAACCCACCCAUCGAUUUCCAUCAUCAUGAAUCAAAUGUCACAACCAACCAAUACUUUGACAAUCCCAGCACCAGUUGCAUUUCGUCAAAAAAGACCUACUUCAGCAGUUUCAACUACUUCAACCAUCAUCGAUCAACCACAUUCGAUAGCUUCUACUUCAUUAAACCAAUCUUUACUUCAAACAACAGCAGAUUAUGAACAUCGAUUGAAAUUAAUAGAUGAGAAUCGAUCUAAACUUAACUUACAAGACUCUCAUUCAUCUUCAGAUUUGAUUUUGAAUCGUCAUCAUCUUCCUCAUCAGAACAGUAGAAGAAGAGUCACAUUUGAUGAUGAUCAUCCAGUUAGACCGAUCAAGAUCGAAUUCGUGUUUGCUUCUUCUACUAAACCGAAUUUAAAUCGAUUAAAUUUGUCUUUUGAUUCUCAUUCAAAAGCUUUGGAUAUCAAACAUCGAAUUAAAUCUUCAUGGCCAACAGGAUGGAGUACAGAGGGUAUCACACCAAAGGGACCAGAUGAGAUUAAGCUAUUAUUCUUGGGUCGAUUCUUGAAUGAUUCAGAAGCACUCGAUUCUUUGAGACUAGCAAAUGGUUCACCAACCAUUAUGCAUCUUUUAUUAAGACCGAACAAUCCGGAUCCUCAAUUGACGAAAGAAUGGGAUCAUAAAUUCAUCAAAUGGAACUGUUGUUGUACAACCACCACCUCAGAAACCGAUGAAACCACAUCCCAAUGUUGUAUAAUUUCAUAAGAAGAAGCAGAAGAAGGAGAAAGCACAUCAUAUCAUAUCGUAUCAUAUAUAAGACCUUAACUUUUUUUAGUUUUUUUUUUUUGACUAAUUUGAAACAUUCUUUGAUUAUAUAAAUAAGCAGUUUCUCUGGGAAAGAACAAAAACGGGUAAGAGUAUAAGAGUAUGAAACGAAGAAGGUUUUUUUUUGUAUGUAGAUAUGUGUAAAUGUAUUUAAUAAAGUUACUUAGUUUGAAAGUUUUUGAUUUUUUUAUAUAUUGUAUGAUUUGUUAUAUUAUAUGUUAUCAUUUUUUUAAACCUUUUUUCUUUUCUUUUUUUCAGAAUGUAUCUAUAGUAUUUUAUUUUGCAUGAAAAAGUUUGAAUUUAUAUCACAGUAUAUGGGUUGAUCAAUCUU